AUGAUAACAGAUCAUCUGCUGAUCGUAGUAAGCGUUGCCCUGGUGUAUCAACGGAAGAUGCUGGCAGAGGUCCAAGCAGACGGCUGGUGUCCGCCACAGUUGAAGAUCGUGCUUCUGGGAGGCAGGAACUCAGGGAAGAGCUCCUUAGGAAACCUCCUGCUUGGCAAAGAGGAGUUUGCCACCAAGGAGAGGACCACAUGCUCCAGGAGGCUGUCCCAGGUGGGGCGAUGCUGGCUGACGGUGGUGGACACCCCCGGCUGGUGGUGCGACUUCACCGCAGCGGAGACCACCCGGCUGGUGAGGAGCGAGAUCCAGGCCAGUGUCCCUCUCUGCGCCCCCGGUCCGCACGUCUUCCUGGUCGCGGUCAAGUCUGGCUCGGACUUCACUGAGAGGCGCCGCCGGGCCCUGGAGGAGCAUGUGAGUCUCCUGGGGGAGCGGGUCUGGACUCACUGCCUGGUGGUCUUCACCUCCACGGACAAGGAGCGGCGAGGGGUCGCGGAAGGGGCCGGGGUACGCUGGCUGAAGGACAAAUGUGGACAAAGAUGUCUCAGCUUGAGCCGUGUACGUGACGCUUCAGAGCUGGUGGAGAACAUCCAGAGAAUGGUCGCGGGAAUUGGAAACAGAGUCUUCGAAAUGACGGAGGACGUCUGCAAGGCCAUCGCGGACCAGAAGAGACGAGUGGAGGAGGACGCCCACGCCAGGUUUCUGAUGAUGAAGACUCAGAGGUCCGUCAUGAGAGACCGGGUGCGUCCUCUCACUGAUGUCCGGAUUGUUCUGCUUGGAGCCAAAGGUUCCGGAAAGACGUCAGCGCUCAACACGAUCCUGGGCCGGGAGGAGCAGGUGUCGUCGGGGAGAACGUCCAGCUGUGCGGUGGCAAGAGGCGUGGCCUUCGGGAGACGGGUGACGGUGGUGGACACGCCCGGCUGGUGGAUGAACUACUUCAGCGACGAGAGCGCCGUCUUCGAUCGGAGACAAAUCCAGCUGGGUCCGUCCUUGUGUGCCCCCGGUCCUCACGUCUUCCUGCUGGUGGUCCGCGUGGACCGGGCCUUCUCCGAGACCUACGAGAGGGCGGCCGAGGAGCACCUGGAGCUGCUGGGCGGGGACGUCUGGAGGCGCGUCAUGGUGCUGUUCAGCUUCGGCGACUGGCUGGGCGGGACCACCGUCGAGACGCACAUCGAGAGCGAGGGCGAGCCCCUGCGCCGGCUGGUGGAGCGUUGCGGGAACCGCUACCACGUCCUCAACAGCAGGACACGAGGAGACGGCUUCCAGGUGAGGGAGCUGGUCGGGAAGAUGGAGGAGGUGGUGGCGGGCUGCGGCGGCCGGCAUCAUGAAGAGGACCCGACGCGUGUGGCCCAGCUGGAGAGGACGAUGAGCGCUGACAGGACGAGGGCCCGGCACAGACUGAUGAGGAGGACGGCGGCCGGCGUGCGCCUCGAGAAGCUCCGCCCCCUCAGAGAAGUCACCUUGCUGCUGGUCAGCGACAGGAAGACGGGCAAGAGCUGCUGCGGAAACACCAUCCUGGGGGAAGACCGCUUCCCCGCUGACCGCCGGACUACUUCCUGCGCCCAGGAACGAGGCAGGAUAGGUGACAGAGUGGUGACGGUGGUCGACACGCCCGCCGGCUUCCGCGUGACCCCAGAUCUCCUGAGGACGCCCUGCGCCGUGCUGCUGGUGGUCAACGCCAGCUCCUCGUUCUCCGAGCACCGAGGAGUUGCGCUGGAGGCUCAGCUGGAAGGGGGCGGGGACUCGGCCUGGGGCAGGGCGCUGGUCCUGUUCAGUCACGGCGACUGGCUGGGGGACGCCGGCAUCGAACAACGCAUCGAGAGCGAGGGGGCGGCGCUGCGCAGGCUGGUGGACAGGUGCGGGAACAGGUACCACGUGCUGGACAACAAGCGGCGGGGGGACGGCGGGCAGGUGGUCCGGCUGAUGACGCAGGUGGACGAGAUGAUGGCGGAUUCUCGUCACGAGAGGACACCGCACACGCUCUGCAGGAAGGAUCCACGUUUGAUGCCGAGCGAAGGGCAGCAGUCUUCACAUGACGCGUCCACGAGUCCAUCAGUCAGUCCCACAGCAGACGACGAACAAGUGGGUCUUCAUGAUGCAGGACGCCAAAGAGGAGAGAACGCUGUCGCCGUGUGGACCGGCGAAAACGUCACUUCCUGUUUGCUCGCCAUGUUGGCAGGCGCAGACAGGCUGAGGCCCAGAGGAGGACAAAGGUUAACGGUUACAUUCCCAGAGUAUCUCCAGGCUGAGCUCUCACCCAGACUUCCCAUGAUGCUCCUGGUGUGGCCUCACGCUCACCUUCAGAUGCUUCCAGGCGGGAACGGCAGCCUUGAGCGCUCGCUCUGCAGUCGGCGGUACGUCCAGCGCGACGGCGCCCGCGGCCUGGACGAGCUGGAGGCCUUCAUCGACCGCUACUUCGACACGCUGCGGGAGCCGCCGCAGUCACGUGACACCGGGGCAGACCUGCUCUCCUCCAUUGACAAAAAACUGUCCAAACUGGACCUUCUGGAGGACAUCAGGGUGGACCUGGCCGAGGUGAGGAGGUGUUUGGAGCACAGCUGGACGCUCAUCCAGGACCUGAGACGCAAACACAACAGGAGUUCCCAACAUUAG